AACGGCCGAACGGGGACUGUUCUUCAGCUUUCACACAAACUGCUUCUCCCAAUUUCUCAGGAAAAGGAAUCCCCAAAUCUUCGUUUCUUCUCCGCCGAUCUCUCAAUCUUGAAAUGGGUAUUUCAUGGAGUAACAGAAGAAGAAACAUCCAUCUUCAAAACCCACCUCCGCCGCCGCCGCCGCCUCCUCCUCCACCGCCCUACCUUUCAUCUUCCUCUUUCUAUUUUCCAUCUGAACCCCAAUCUCUUUCUCCUACUCCACCACCACCACCGCCGCCGCCGCCGCCACCGCUGCAAACCCAUCAUUUCACCAAUUCCCACCCUCCUCCGCCGCACAGCCAUCCUUACGGUCCAACUCCUCAUCCUCCUGCCCCUGCGCCUCAAUCCUAUUACUUUUCCGGUGGGUACAAUUCGUGUAAUUAUGGGAACUCUACGAUGGGGCGUUUCAAUUUUCACCCUCAUUAUGCCAAUCAGAGUAAUGGGUGGCCCCAAAUUCGGCCGGGCAUGUGUCCGCCGAUGCUUCCAUCACCGCCUUUGCCUUUGGUGGAGCAUCGUCAAACGAAGAAGGUUAGAAAUGAUGUGAAUGUGCAUAAGGAUACUUUAAGGAUUGAGGUGGACGAGCAGAACCCUGAUCAUCAUUUGGUUUCUUUCGUUUUUGAUGCUUUGUAUGAUGGAAGCAUAACCAUUCUAUUCUUCGCCAAGGAAGAGCUCAACUGUAGCUUUGUUCCAGUAUAUCCCGAUGCCUUCAAGCCAGUAAAAGUCCCAUUUCAGAAGGGUCCUGCUCAGAAAUUCUUUCAGCCUGUGGGAACUGGCUUUGACUUGGGAUUUUUCGACUGCGACGACCUCUCGAAACCUUCACCUGCUGAAGACAUUUUCCCUCUUGUUAUAUCAGCUGAGACUUGUUCGCCCUCUCAGUCGGACGACGAACGAAUUGGUGAGCCUCGACGAGAUAACUCACACAUGCAAAUCACUCAAGCUGUUUUGGAGAAGAAAAAUGGUAGUCCUUUCCAAGUAAGAGUGAUUAGGCAACUACUAUGGAUUGAUGGAGUGAGAUAUGAAUUGCGCGAGAUAUUCGGAAUAGGGAGUUCAUCGGCAGAAGGUUUCGACGAUAAUGACUCCGGGAAGGAGUGUGUGAUAUGCAUGACUGAACCGAAGGAUACCGCUGUAUUACCAUGCCGACAUUUGUGCAUGUGCACUGAUUGUGCCAAGGAACUGAAGCGUCAAUCCAACAAAUGUCCUAUUUGUCGUCAACCGAUCGAAGAACUUAUCGAAAUCAAGAUAAACAAUAGCGACCCGUGAGAAUUACCUGUUCAUCCUAUGUUGGAUCGCCCUGGUAUGGCUGUCAAAUUCUUUGGUUUUUGAUGUGUCAUAGUCCCACAUACUGCAUUCUUUACCCCCACACACACACACAUGUAUAUGUAUAUUACUUUGUUCCUCCCAUACACAAUACAAGUGCAUCUCAUGUCUAACUAUCGAAUAACGCGCCAUACCGGUCGUCUGAUGCCCGACUUUCUACUGUAAUGUAUGAUUCAAACACUUAGCGUUCGUGGUGUUUGCGUGCUGUUAGUACUCGUGUUGAUGAUUGAAUACAAGAAUUGGGUGUGGUUGAA